UCAGGAGCAGGGAGGAGACUGACGGCGGGUCCCGGUGGAUAGACGUCGGAGGAGUUGAGACAGACAGACAGACAGACAGACAGACAGACAGACAGACAGACAGACAGACAGACCGUCACAUGGAAGCAGACCUCCACAUUUCUAUACAUGCGUAAAAUGUAGCGAACACUUUCAAGUCAAAGCCGUCUUUGUAGCUGUAAUACAAACGCGUUAAUGUAGUCCAAAAGAAGAGAAUUAAAAAGCCGUUUAUUAAAUGAAGAUGCAGCCUUAAACUGUCUAUCUGUCUCUGAAGGUGGAAGUUCAUUUUCAGUCCAACAGUUUCUGUCAAGAUGGAAAACACUCCUUAGGUGACCGGACGAGAUGGGAAAAUGGGAGUUAACAAUGAACCCAGUGCAGGAAUGGGGUGAGGAGUGUGAGGACGGUGCAGUUUAUGGGAUCACUCUACGCCGGGAGCCCGUCCCCUCCUCCAAUCCCACUGAGACGAACCCAUGCUGUGCGUUCGUCCAGUACCGGACCUGCAAGGUGCGCCGCCUGAAGGCUGCUACCCUCAACCUGCUUGUGAAUCACCUCCUUGACCCCUGCUGCCAGGAGCAGGACUAUGGCAGGAUCCUCCUCUCCACGUACAGAACCUUCAUGGGUACCUCAGAGCUCAUAGAGAUGCUCUUCCAGAGAGACAAUGCUGUUGCAGAUCUGGACAACAGUGAAUGCUACACGAGCCCUCUGUUGGCCUUUGUCCAGACAUGGUUGGAUGAAUACAGCGAGGACUUUAGAGAUCCUCCCCUGCACACGGCACUCAGGCUGCUGUUGGAUCACCUGAGGAUCAGCUCUGCAGUUCACGACAACAUGCGCAGCCAGCCCAACUUCUGCUCAUUGGCUGCGCAGACUGAGGCGCUGCUCAAGAGCUUCCAGAAAGAAGGAGCUGAGACAAAUGUCAGUCCUGCCCAGGCAGAUAUGGAGCAGGCCGAGGAGGGUUCUGGUGAUGAGGAUUCAGGAUGGGAAAACUCUCUGGAUCAAAGUGGCAUCAUGGAUUUCUCGGCUGCUGCCAUCGCUGAACAGCUCACCCGAAUGGACUCUGCUCUGUUUGUCAACGUGGUGCCUUACCAGUGUCUGGGCUGUGUGUGGUCACAAAGAGACAAGAAGGAAAACAUGUCUCCAACCAUCCGUGCCACCAUUGCUCAGUUUAACGCCAUUACCAACCAGGUCAUCAUGUCCCUGCUCUGCCAGCCAACAGACCCCAUUUCCUUCCAACGGCCUCCCACAACACCAGCUCAAAGGGCCCGCAUCAUAGAGAAGUGGAUCAGAGUAGCACAGGACUGUCGUCGGCUGAAGAACUUCUCCUCUCUCAGGGCCAUCCUGUCGGCCCUUCAGUCUAAUGCAGUGUACAGGCUGAGAAAGACCUGGGCUGCUGUUAGCAGGGAUAGCAUGGCCAUGUUUGACAACCUCUGGGAAACCUUCCCUGAUGAGAACUGUGUUCUGACCAACAGGGAGCUCCUGGUGGAGGACGGAGGGCAGGCGACAGUGGAUAACAUUUCUCCAAAGAUAUCCAAGCGGUGUCCGAUCUCCAGACAGAUGAGUACCUCCAGUGGAGUGGUUCCUUACCUGGGCACCUAUCUGACCGUCCUCACCAUGCUGGACACUGCUCUGCCAGACACCGUGGAGGGUGGGCUCAUAAACUUUGAGAAGAGGAGGAGGGAGUUUGAGGUUCUGUCACAGAUCCGUGUGCUGCAGGCCUCCUGUUCCCAGUACAACCUGCCCCAUCAUCCCAGAAUCUCUGCAUGGCUGCAGGGACACAAGCUGCUCACUGACCAAAAGAGUUAUGAACUGUCGAGGCAGCUGGAGCCUCCGGAGGACCUGUGCUCGCCAACUCCCUGGAGCCACCGCACACUAACCAAGAAACUUUCCUCUCUCCUGACAGUGAGCGAUGUAUCUAAAAAACUCCCAGCUGACCAGAUCAGCGUUACAUCUUCUGGAUCCAGUGGAUCUGAGAUGGAGGAUCUCUCCUCCCCAAACACAGCCUGUUCCAUCAGACUGCAGUCCUUUCACAGCUCCUGCAACAAUGUGUCCGAUGCCUUCUCUUCCUCCUCGUCCUCAUCAUCCUCAUCCUCACCCUGCUCCUCCGCGGCCUCUUCUCCAGACUCCUUGACUCCUUCCAGCUCCUCCUCUGACUGCCAGACGGACCCCUGUCCUCCAGCCACGUCCUGCAGCGGUGCUCGGCCAAAGCCCGCCGUGUCCUCCCACCACAAGCGCUCCGUGUCCAUGACCUCCCUCCCGGUGUAUAACCGACAGGUGGCCGACUCCUGCAUAGUGAGGGUGAGCGUGGAUCUGGGCCGCAACAACGGCAACAUGUACAAAAGCAUCCUGCUGACCAGUCAGGACAAAACUGCACAGGUGAUCCAAAGAGCUCUGGAGAAGCAUCACCUCGAGCACAUGAACUGGAGGGACUUCACCCUGACACAGGUCAUCUCCCAGGGAAGAGAGCUGCUCAUACCCGACAAAGCAAAUGUCUUCUACGCUAUGUCCACAACGGCAAACUUUGACUUUGUUUUGCGCCAAUUCUCCAAAGGCCAGAAGAAACCACUGACCGCCACGUCUAGUCUGGGACGAUACACAAAGUAGCAGCUUGCCUACAAACUCUGCACCUGGAUGAUGAAGUUUGUCUGAUUGUUUUUAAAGAAAUAUGUUGGUUCAUCUUUCUUUUCUUUUUUUUUUUUACCAAAGAGGUAACACGUGCCAACAUCAGCCACCUAUUUAUAUGUGAACAUUGAGAAAUGACUGGCCAUUUCCCAAUGCAGCUGGGUGCCAUUAAUAACCUGUGUGUUAAAAAGGGAAUGGAGGUCAGCCGCUGUGUGAAGGUAAUGAACUCUUGGGACCUCGCCGGCAGGUUGUGUUUCUGUGCCAGCUCCAUCUGUGGAGUGGGUGUGGACGUUCUCAUCAGGGCUCACAGUGGUCCUGGUGGAGUUUCAGCCCGGCUCCUCCGGCAUUGCUGUGAUUUUCAUCACGUGCGACCAGCUGCACUGACUGGAAGGAUGGCAUUCCAGAGCCAAGGUAACCAUGGCAGCAACUGCAGAGACUUUGAUGGACAGGAUGGGAUGUUCGCGCACAAAUGGAUAUCUAGAUGACACGACGAUAAGGGUGAACUGUUGUUGUCGUGCUCUGUUAGAGUGAAGGUUUUUUUUAAUUAUGUUUUCUAUUUAUUGUCACUUUGUGGUUCACUUUGAUCCCACUGUCGAUUGCUACUUCAUUUGAUUAACACUUCAUCACGACUAACCAGGUGGCUUUAAGUUUAAGUUGAUAAAAAGUUUAUUUUUAAACUGCUUUGAUCCAGUCAAGUUGUAACUUUAGAGAUGUCUUAUUUUCUGAUGAAUGGCGAGAAUAUUUCAAAUGUUGAAAAUUGAUGAAAUUAUUUUUUUUAACUAAUUGUAUUUAACAAAUUGACUCUUCCUGAGCACCGCCCCUUUUUGCUCGGGUUCUCCAAUCACAGUCGAGCAGGCCUCAGUUGACUUUCUAAUUUCCUGUAUGUAGAUAUGCUACAUGCUAGGCUCAUGUGUCAUGUGCUAGUUGGCUUAUGAGUAUAGGAAAGUUGAAAAAAAAUUCAUAAAAAAUUGGAAUUGGAAAAUUGAUGAGGCUCGCUCAACUCUUAUUGGAGCACAGACCAAAAAGGGGCGGUGCUUAGGAAGGGCAAACGAAGUUCAGACUUGUGAAGCCUGGAUGUAACUGCUGCAUAAAUGGCUUGAUUUUGAAGCCUAACGAGGAACUGUAGAUGUGAUCAUUUCAAUGACGUCCACUCAGAUAAUAAUCAUAUUUCCUCUGAGUUUAAAGCUCCAGGAAGUUUUACAUAAUAAGAGUUACAUAAUGAACAGACACACUUGGUAAAGGGCUGUUGAGAGAAUAGAACAGACGUCUCAUUGACCUCUUCUACCUACACUAUCCCGACGGAUGUGGGGUGUUGAAACAAACUCUUUCUCAAAAACUUCCUCCUCACACUCUCAGCUGAGACCUGAAUAGACUUUUGGCUUUUAAAAACUGCUUUUUGUUCACGCUUGUGGUUGAUGAAGACAAAUGUCACAGCUGUAAAACAAAGAGAAAUAAACAGUUUUAAAAAGAAAUCCAGAAUAUGGAUAUUUCCACACUGUAAUGACAACUUCUAAUAAACACUUUAUCAGCCCA